GCUUUCGACCACCACAACCCGCCAUGGCCUCUACCUUCAGUUUCCACGGAGGCCGGCCACGCUGCUUUGCCUACUGGCAGGAAUUCUCGAAAUGCUACGCCGGGACGGAUAACCCCAAAGAAUGCAAGCCCAAGGCGGAUGAUUACCUCGAGUGUUUGCACCACACCGAAGAGAUCGCGCGGGCGAAAGCCGUAAAGGCCGAGUUUGUGCGCAAGGCGGAGAAGCAGGCGCACGAGGGGCGCAAGGUCGCGGACAUCCUCGCGGAGGGCGCGAUCGCCGGCGUGGGGCUGAUACAGAGAGGCCCGGAGGGGGGCGAAGCGCAGCACUGAUAAUGUGUAUGGUCCACUUUGCUGCUUGAAUCCUACUUUCAUCCGGUUCCCCAUCAUCCUGUGAGCCUUGGUUUCGCAUGGGCUGCUUCGGAUCCGCAUCUGCGUCGUCAAUGUAUGAUCAAGUAUAACCAUUGCAGCCGUGCACCAUGGCCACCGUC